UUUUCCCCCCCUUAAACUAGAAUUUUAUCGAUCGUAUUCUUGGAAUUGUAGUCUUGUUCGAAGCAUGUUAAUGGGCAGCCAUAGCCAGUUCUUUGAACGAACUCGCUCAGCGUUUAAACGCCGUCGAAAGAGAGAACUAUAGUGUUGUUAUGUAUAUGUAUAUAUAUGGCAAUUGGCAUGAAUUGCUACUGUUUAUUUGAUUUUUAAUUUUUGCCCAUUUUCGUUUUCAAUGCGUUCAUCGUCAUCAGUGGUGUUAAUUAGCUUUCUGUAAUUGCACACUGACCUGUGAACCUCUUUUUUCCUGUACUACCCACCCAUCUUGUUCGUUCGAGCUAAAAGGAGCUUUCGUUCGUGGUUUUUGAUCGUACUUGCUGUGAAAUUAAGAUGGUUCCUUCUGGUUAUGAAUCGGAUGUCAUUCAGUGGGGUCUUCGUCUUUUUGAUGGUGAUUCAGUUUUUAAUUCUGGGUAUUACGGGGAGAUGACAGCCGUAGAUGACUAUUACCCUGGGAAUUAUUAUAGAGAUCAUUACAAUUUAGAACACACUUGUGUGGAGAAUGAUGAGAUUAUUGCACGAACUCUGCAAGAAAAUUUGUCACACUUAUCAAUUACAGACUCCUCUAGAUGUCCAUUUGAAAGAGAGGAUCAAUUGCGAGGUCCCAUAUACACAACUGCUUGGAAUAAUCCAUUUCCAAGGAAUAAUAAUAGUUCAGAGAGCAUUUCUGUCGAGGAAGAUAUUGAAACUAUGGAUCCUUCUAGUUCAUGUUCUAGUCCUGGGGACGAGGAUUUCUCCUAUUUAUAUGCACUUGAUGGUGAAGAACUCUGGAGAUUCAAUCAAGUGAUCCCUGUUCCUCAUGUUCCAAGAAUUAAUGGAGAAAUUCCAUCAGUUGAUGAAGCAGCUUCUGAUCAUGAAAGGCUGCUGGACAGAUUACAAGUGUAUGACUUCGUUGAACGAAAGGUUCAAGGUGAUGGCAAUUGUCAGUUUCGUGCAUUAUCUGAUCAAUUAUAUGGAACACCCGACAAUCACGAGCUGGUGAGACAGAAAGUUGUAAAUCAGCUUAUGGCACAUCCAGAGAUUUAUGAGGGAUAUGUGCCAAUGGCAUAUGAUGAGUACUUGGAAAAGAUGUCCAGGAAUGGGGAAUGGGGGGAUCAUGUCACUUUACAAGCAGCCGUGGACUCGUAUGAUGUGCAAAUAUUUGUUUUAACUUCUUUCAAGGAUAACUGCUGCAUAGAGAUUCUUCCAAAUUCUCAGAAGACAAAAGGAGUGAUUUUCUUGAGUUUCUGGGCAGAGGUGCAUUACAACUCAAUUCAUCCUCAGGGAGGUAUGCCAUCAACUGGAGAUUCCCCACCCAGUGAGUUGAGAAAGAAGAAAAGAUGGUGGAAGUUUGGAAACAAGCAUUGAUAAGCCCCCUACUGCCUCAGACUCCUAACUUUUUUGGUCCUGUUACUGCUACACAUCUAUUUUUCAAGCGCGAUCCUUUGUUAGGAUUUACAUUCACCAAUAUUGGCUAAUAUUCACAUGCCUUGAAGUCUUUUAUAACAAAGACAAAGCACAUUGAUCUUUUCCUUCUUUUUCUGCUGUUGUUCCCCCAUAAUGCUUAAGCAGGGUUGUUUGUAUUUGGUUAUUUUUGUAGUUGUAUACAGUUUGGUCUAAUUGGUUGGAAUCUUGAGGGAGAAACAGAUUGUAAUGAUUCUUUUGACAGAAAUGCAAAUGUAUUUCCCUGAAA